AUGGCAUCAAUAACUGACCAAAGUCAUUAUGAUCUAAGAAAGCAUAAAGGAAUGAAUUUUGUGGACAAUGUCAAUAAUAAUAAUAAGUCAACAAAACACACAGAUAAUGUCCCUGAGGAGGAAACCACAGAACAUGAUUCUUUGAGUGACAGCAAGAAUACAAUUGAUACAGAAAGUGAGCAUAAGAAAGAGGAGAAUGCUGGAUCCUCUUUGCAAGCUCAUGGUCUUCCCCAAGAACAAGAUAAUGAGCCUUUCCCAGGCAGCAUCACUCACACUGAAGGGGGCAGUACAGUGUACACAACUGCCCCUGUGUAUGGACCCCCUCCACCCCCUGCAGAUGAGGAAGAUGAGCUCAAGUAUGAUGAGAGUGGGGAACCCAUCUUCUCCUCUCCCUCUGAGCUCCACAGGUUCUUGGAACGAA